AGUGCGGUGUUGCUGUUGUUCGCUAGUUUCCGGUCGCGUUGUGAAAAGUCUCGAUUACAUCGCAGUAAAGGUGAGCAGCUUUCUGAGCAGACUAGACUGGUGGAAGCUGAGAAGUUGAACCAUCAUGUGGAAUGGUUCAAGAUCUGGACCACGAGGGGGGAUGCCCUUUUGUGGGGACCCACGCGGGGAGAUGUUUGAAGGAAGAAACAGACCAAUGCCUGGCUUCAGAGGACGUGAAGGAAUGAAUAUGGGCACUCAGGACAGACCCCCUAUGGACAUGAGGAGGUUUGACUACCCACAAGAUAUGAUGGGACGGAACAUGGGUCUGCUUGAUAGAGGAAGAGACUCUCCUCGAGACUUCUUCAUGCCCGAAAACGAGCUCGAUUUUAGAAGACGAUUGGAGAUGGAGCAAAAUGCACCUGGUUAUAUAGGAUCGGGUCGGCCUCCUUUAGAUAUGGGUAGCAGGGACAUGCAAGUUAGGAACAUGAGGGGGCCUGAAGAUCAAUUCAUGGACAUGAGGGAGAGGGACAGAUUUCGUAUGGACAUGCCUGGUUUCAACAUGUCACCUAUGGAUAUUAGAAGAAGGCUUGCUAUGGAAUCUAUGGACAGAAAUGACCAUAUAAGAGAAAGAGAGCGCCCACAGAUGGGCAUGAAUGACAUUGAUGGAUUUAGUAUGGACAUGCCUCCCCGGGAAAGGUCAGGGGACUUCGAUAGACGAGGUUGCGCCCCUUCCUUGAAUCCCAGAGGAAGGUUUGAGUCCGAUAUGGAUUUCAGGAAUCGAAUGGGACAGGCAGGUGAUUUUAGAGAUCGCUCUCCACAGAUGUUUCGUGGUAAUGAUGGCAUGAAUCUUAGGGGAAGACCUGAUCUGCCUUUAGAUCGACAAGGUCCAGAAAAAGACAUUCUUAAGGUAGGUGAACCAACACUGAGGGACCGAGAAUUUCCUGAACAAGCUGAGAACAGGCCUGGGUUUCGAGGAGAAGAUAAAUCCCUCUCAGAGGAGUGGUGCAGGAGAAUGAAUAGAGGUCCUAACUUAUCCAGAGAUGUGAAGAAGCGAUUUCCACUUGGACCUGGCAAGGAAGGUGAAUUAGGAGAACCAUCACAGUUCAAAGAUAGAGAGCGGCCAUCAGUGGAGAUUCCAGCUAAGGAUCGUGGCAAUUUAGAGUUCUCUCGAUCAGAGAGAGAGGGUUCUACAGUCCAAAAUUGGGACAAUAUUCAAACUGAUGUCAAAAGCAGAGAUCCAUCUCAUCCUGUAGCACAGAAACUACCACUUUUACCACUGAAUCCCAGUCUAAAUAUCCCAAACAAAGACAAACAAGGUCAACACUGGUCAAGAGACGAAAAGCCUGACAGCACCAUACCCCCAGGUGGAAGACACCCGUUCUUUCCAGACAAGAACCUGUCGGUCAAAGAGAGCCAUUUCUCAGCUGAUCAAGGAAACUUUAAGGGAAAAGAUAUGCCUCUUGAGGAGAGUCAAAAGAAAGGGAGUCUUCUGCCUGGGCCAAGAGAUCCACAGAGUAACAGAGAGGGAAGACGAGAUCAGGAUUACGGAGACAUUGAUUACAGGACAAGUUCGGCACAGAAAUAUGAUUAUAUCCUUGAGGAACUUCAGGGGCCUGAAAAGAACCUGAAAGCACCCAAAUCAGCUCCGCCUGAAAGAUCAAAUGCCUCUGGUUCUCAGGAUCAGGAUUACCGGAAUGCCAAUGUUCAGGAUAAGAUCUCAAAUACCAUUGCCAUCUCUGGAAUUCCCAAAACUGCUACAAUGCAGCAGAUACUGGACGCGUUUGCAGUUAGGGAUGGAGUUCCGAUGCAAGGCAUGAAAAUAAGAGAUGUUGUUCCAGGUUACAGCUCCGAUACGGCCUAUGUGGAGUUUUUAAACAUCGAGGAUGCUGUCCACUUCAUGGAGUCCAACCAGGGAUCUGUUAAAGUUGGUAGCAAGACUGCCUUACUGAAGUACAUUCAGCCUGAAAGAAAUAUAAAAGAACCGCAGCAUGACGACCAACCCCAUAAAGCCAUCCCGUCUCCCCAAGAUGGGCUGCUGCCAUGUCCAGUCAUGCCCAAUCCCCCACAAGUGAAAGAUGAAGGUAGUGCCAAGACCCUGCCCGAUCCCCUCUCUCAGGGAGGGUGGCAGAGGAGUUCCACCCUGACCCCUGAAGCCUGGCAGCAGCAGGUUGAUAAGCAGCUUCAGCAGCAAGAGAUGGAGAAGCGGGCUGAGGAAUGGGCUCAUCAGAAAGGACCUCGUGCCAACCAGCAAUUAUCUGAUCCGGUUUUCAAGGAAAGCAGAACCAUGAUAAUUAAGAACAUACUGCCCACCACUACAGUGGAGACGAUCUUAAGGGCACUGGAUCAAUUUGCUUACCUUGAUGAACGCAACGUUCGACUUGUUAAAGGGAAGACGCCUGGAUCCAAGUGCUUUUGCUUUGUCGACAUGGACUCGCAUGAGCACGUGACCCGGUUGGUAGACCUGCUUACCAAACCUCGUCCAAUUAUGAUCGAUGGAGUCCGAGUAUAUGCAGAAGUAGCAAAACCUCUAAAGAAUCAGAACUACCGGCGGGACCAUGAUAAGUCAAAUACUUCUCUUCUGGGUUACCCACCUGAUGUUAUGGAGCAGCAACAGCAAUACUUCCAGCAAUCUCACACAGCCAUCCCAACUGCCACACAAGGUAUGGGUGCACCUGCCGAGCCCAUGCAAACAGACUUUUCCGUGCCUGCAGCCUCAUUACAGAGCUCAAGCAUAAACCAAGGUGCGAUGUAUGCAGAGGCUUCGGUCAAAGCUACACAGCAACAGACUGCUUCUACAAGUGACACUGUUCACACUGGCUCUACUGGUGAAUCUGAAGACUUUAGCUAUAGUUCCGACACUCCAGAUUUGUCUGCCUUCCUGUAUGACGCUACAUCCGGCUUCUACUACGACCCCCAGACCACCCUGUACUAUGACCCGAACUCAAGGUAUUUCUAUAAUGCUCAGACACAGCAGUACUUGUACUGGGACAGUACAUCAAAGAUCUACAUACCAGUGGAAGGCGAAAGCUCGGGUGCAGAUGCUCAAAAACAGAAUGUACCUGUGGAGAGCGAGUCUGCAGCAUCUGAGGAAAUAAAAAUACCAUCAGAAGGAGGGCCAGAGCGAAAAGAGGACGAAGAGGCUAUGCCACGCUCUGAGAAGAAAGAAAAAGAGAAAGAAGACAAACCCAGAAGCCUGGCAGCAUUUAAGAUCAUGAAAGAUAUGGAGCGCUGGGCCAAGAUCCAGAAUCGGCAGAAGGAAAGUGUGCGAGCACCAUCUCCUGUUCUUAGGAGUGGAGCUGAGGAGAAGAAGGCUUCCAAAGCUGCUGAUGCAGCCUUUGCUGUAUUUGAGAGGAAGACCACAGGAGGAGAUGACUUGUUCAAAAAGCCUCUUGCUCCUCCAAAGAAAGAGGAGAAGGGAUCCAAGAAGCCCAUGGGUUCUCUGGGCAUGUUAGCUGCUGACUAUGCUGCAGGAAGUGACGAAGAGGACGAAGAAAAACACGAGAAACACGAAGCACCUGCCCCAUCUGCCCCACCUGUCAAGAGCCAACCAGAGUCCCAGGAGAAAGAAGACAGACUGACAGACUGGAAAAAAAUGGCCUGUCUGCUGUGUAGGAGACAGUUCCCCAGUAAAGACGCUCUGAUCCGCCAUCAACAGCUCUCAGACCUGCACAAGCAAAAUAUGGAGAUUCACUUAAAGAUCAAAAAGUCAAAAAGGGAACUUGAAGCUUUGGAAAACCAAGAAAAAGAGAUGCAAUUAAAAGAGACUUGCAGUCCGCCUGACGCAAAGAAACGGAAACAGCAAAACGCAUGGCCCAGUGGUUCACGAGACACACACAAAGGCAAUGAGAGACCAGGGCUAGGUCUGGAGUCCACAGAGCGGAACAAGAAGGACGGCGUCUGGAACUACGCCACCUAUAAGCAGGCUGUGCGGAAGGCUAUGUUUGCACGGUUUAAGGAGCUGGAAUGAUGAGGGUGAAAGAAUUAAAUCACUGAAAUGCACACUGUUUAUGCCAGCGGCUCACUUCAGGCUUAUUUUGUGAGCUAACACAAUUCCUGGUGAAUCUCUGUUUUGUGUUCUACUUGUGCCUGUACUGAUUAUACAGUUUUUUUUCUUAGUUCACAGUUCUGCUAUCAUUUUUAUUUUAUUAUUAUUAUUAUUGUUGUUAUUGUUUUUUUUUUUUUGUUUUGUUUGUAGCUCAACUGUUCAGGACUUUGAAACCAUUUUUCCCCUUUCUUUGUAUGAAGUGUUUUUUUUAAUGACAAAUUGUAAAACUAUUGUAAUUGUAGUAAUCAGUAUUCUGUGAGUCAAUAAACCGGCUGCCAUCAUCUCUAUUCUAUAAUCAUCUAAUCUCUAUAGUCUUCUUUUUUUUUUUUAUCUCUUAACAUGUAACAUCUCAUCUCACAGUUUGGGAUGGAACUGAAUCAGUACUAUCCUGGAUAAUAUGAUUUCAGAUAUAUGAUGUCAUUUAUACUUGAUAUCCCAUACCUGUACCUGAAUAAAGAGAAUAGCUAUUUUUCUCACUGUGUUUUUGUAGUUUAGGUGAUCAUUUAGGCUCCCUGAGGAGUGGACACUAUAAUUAUUAUUUGAGGAGACCAAAAGAUUUAACUCUUAAGAUUUAUCAUACAGCAACUUUGACCUUUGGGUGGCAGUAGAGAGCUGCUUUUCUCUUGAAGACUGCUUAACUGUGGUCAAGGGUAUGUAUACACUUGAAUCUAGAUAGAUGAUAGAUAGAUAGACAAGGCUGCUCUAAGAUUCUCAUACAGCUCCAUAAUAAUAAGGAUAUAGGAUUUUCCUGAUUCAUCCCAUCAGUUAGCUGAAUCUGUUAGUUUGAGUGGUCAGUUAGUGUUGAAUAAUACUUAAAAUUUUAGCCAAAUAUGGAGAUUCCAACUUUAGAUUCCAGGUUUUGUUUGACAACUGCAAUUAAACAAUUGCCAAGGGAGUAAGGGUGCUUAGUAGGUAAUUAAUCAAGUGUACCUGCUAAGACUGAACACCACCAUCCCACCCCACCCCACCCCACCCCACCAUACUCAAUCAUACGCUGGAUGAAUGAUUUCCUCAUUUCCUCAUUAAACAAGAAUGCUUGUUCUCUAUCCAACAUUCUACGUUUGUUGAAUGAAAAGAAUGUGGACUCUCACAUUAUUUGUUUUGAGUAGUCAUGCCUAAAUGAUUGAUCAUGCCAAAGAGAAAAAAGAAAGAAUAAGUAAUCAGAAGAACCUACUUUGCUUGUUGAAUGGCUCAGUUUUGCCCUCCAAAGGUGCAUAAAAUAUUGUGAUGUAUCUAUUUCUAUUUCUAAUAACAUCUUAUUGCCUUCUCUAUUUGUUUUUAUGUGUCUGAUAUUUGGCUGUAUCUCAGUAUAAAGCCAAGACUUUGAU